AUGCUCGUCACCGUCGGGACCACUUGCUUUGACGAGCUGGUCAGGGCGGUUGACACUGAAGCCUUCCAUGAGAAGGCCCUGGCACUCGGAUUUGAGAGGCUGGUCGUGCAGCGUGGCCGCGGCAGCCACAGGCCCCGGCAACUGGGCUUGAAGACGGAGUCUUUCGACCUCAAGCCCAGCUUGGACGAAGAGUUGAAGUCCGCCUCCCUGGUAAUCUCCCAUGCCGGCGCUGGAAGCAUCAUCGAAGCGCUCAGGGAGCGAAGGCGAUUGCUGGUGGUCGUGAAUCCUCUGCUCAUGAACAAUCACCAGCUGGAGUUGGCCGAGGCCAUGCAGAAGAGGGGCCACUGCGCCAUGGCAGCGGAUGCCUCGGAGGUCGUCGCCCGGCUGCAGGAGGCGGUGCAGAUGGAUCUCACUGCCUACCCAGCGGCAAACCUCAAGCCAUGGCAUGACCUGCUAGAGGACGCCUGUGGUGUGGUGCCGGUAAGCCGAGCUCCGGGAUAA